AUGGCCGACAGUGGCCUUCCAUACAACGACCACGGUCCGGACAGCGACCAUCAACACACCCACACUGUCCUUACCAACACCGGUCCUGUCGGAGAAGCAGGACUUCCACCAUCUCGUCCCACCACCAAUACCACCAACUCAUCUUUCCGCACAAGAUCCGCCGCACCCCAGGCCCGUGUAGGCUCUCCCGUGCCCUCUCUGGGCGGCCGUGGCAGUGGCAGCUACCAAACCGAUCCUUCUCGCCGCACCCACGUCCCAAAUCUCAUCUCGAGCGCGUUCCUUCCGCCGCAAUCUCCACCGCCUACGAGUCCGAAGACCCCGCAACUUCCUAUAGCAAGACCAAGUACCGACAGUGGUCGCCGGACUCACCGUUCGCGCAAUAGCAAUGCAUCGAUCGUGACCAUCGAACAGAGCAACAGGCCUCGAAUCGACCCGGAUGCUCCUCCGUUACCCACCUCUCGAGGAAAUGGAACCCCGAACUACGAGUCCAACCGAGAUCUUCAGCCCUUCGGUAGUGCCAAAAGUCAAGAGAGCCAAUACCCUCUGCGAAAGCCACCUGCACUAGACAUAGAUGGUACUACGCGUUCUGUCUCAUCUUUGCAGGCUCAGAAAUCACCCAUCUCUCUUCGAGCGUCGUGGAGCCGCCAGAGUCGCUCGAGCAGGGUCAACGGCAGAAGCGCCGAUAGAGACGGCCACGAGAAGCUACCAUCUGUACCCCCUUCGCCUGCCAACUACACGCCCAAACCUAUCGCCUCGGACCCUAAGCCGAAUAACGGGAGAAACCAUCAAUACUUCAAUGGCAAUGCUGUCUUCUUUCUGCAUGGCAGACUUAUUAAUACUCGCCAACGGCCACUUAAUGGCUUUACUGCACUCCUUGCUAUCAUCCCUGCUGCUUUGUUCUUUGGCUUCUCUGCUCCGUGGCUAUGGCGUCACGUUUCUCCAGCAAUACCCAUCCUUUUCGCCUACGUUUUCUUCAUCUGUAUUUCUUCUUACAUCCACGCAUCCUUUUCUGAACCUGGUAUCAUCCCACGUAAUCUCCAUCCUCAGCCACCUACCCCAGCAGACGAGGAUCCAUUAGCUAUUGGACCGUCAACUACAGAGUGGGUCACUGUUAGAUCCUUUGGCCCAUCUGCAAGUGGCAAUGGUACUACUGCCAUGGAAGUCCCCAUCAAGUUUUGCAAAUCGUGCAAGAUCUGGCGCCCUCCUCGUGCCCACCACUGCCGCGUUUGUGACUCGUGUAUCGAGACUCAGGAUCAUCACUGUGUUUGGCUCAACAAUUGUGUUGGACGACGCAAUUACCGCUCCUUCCUCGCAUUUGUCGCAUCCGGAACAGUCUUGGGCCUAUUCUUACUUGCAGCCAGUCUUACCCAUAUCCUUGUGUGGAUGAAGCGGAACAACUCCGACUUUGGACAUGCUCUCAAUGUCUGGCGUGUACCGGCUGCCAUGUGUGUAUACUCUUUCCUCAUUCUCACAUAUCCUAUGAGUCUCUGGGGUUACCAUCUCUUCCUCAUGGGCAGGGGUGAGACAACCAGAGAAUAUCUCAACAGUCACAAGUUCCAGAAAAAGGAUCGCCAUCGACCAUUCAGCCAGCACUCGAUCUUUGGAAACUGGGCCAGCGUCUUCACGAGGCCUCGGCCGCCAACAUAUAUGCGUUUCAGACACCGCUACGAGGAAGGCGAUCAACGCCUCGGAGAGCGGAGGUCUAGAAUGGCUAAGCAGUCAGAAAAGAAGGAGGAGAUGGAGAUGGGCGAGAUCAAGGGUGCGACUGUCAGCAGUAACACUGGUGAAUUCCAAGGACAACGGACCUUGACUCCCAUCAACAACACACCCAGGAGAUGA